UCUCUCGCUCUCUCUUUCGCUCUCUGUCUGUGCACAUUGUUCACUGCAUUCUGACCUCACUGGGAGCCAUGAGUAAAUAUUCGGUGACUACAGCAUUUUUGGCGAAAGUAUCGGCCGGAGACGCAUGCAAAGGAGAGCAGCUGAAUUUAUAGUCGUUCCAACUGUGGUUGGGAAUCUCAAAAAAGAAGAAAGGACUGAAGGGCUGGAUGUGUCUGUCUUCCGCCGGGUUUGCCUGCUGAAUAGAGUACUCCGCCUGCCUUCAGAGGAUCGGACCGUUUCUACAAAUUAGCGGACCCGUCGCUGUUUAUAUAAUUGCAUGCAGGCUAGCCAGGGGUGACGCCCCGACACCGUAAAACUGAAAGCUUGAACUGCGGAAGUCGCAUUCCAGUACUGGCGGUUGAUUUCCACUAAGAUCUGUGCCCUUACUGUUUUUAAAGCAGAUCGACGAGAAUGACAGAGUAUAAGCUAGUCGUUGUGGGAGCUGGUGGUGUAGGCAAGAGUGCCCUGACCAUCCAACUGAUCCAGAACCACUUCGUAGAUGAGUACGACCCCACCAUUGAGGACUCCUACCGGAAGCAGGUGGUUAUUGAUGGAGAGACAUGUCUGCUGGACAUCCUGGAUACAGCAGGUCAGGAGGAGUACAGCGCCAUGCGGGACCAGUACAUGAGGACAGGCGAGGGCUUCCUCUGUGUCUUCGCCAUCAACAACACCAAGUCCUUUGAAGACAUUCAUCAGUACCGGGAACAGAUCAAGAGGGUGAAGGACUCAGAUGAUGUGCCCAUGGUGCUGGUAGGGAACAAGUGUGACCUUCCGGCCCGCACAGUGGACACACGGCAAGCCCAGGAGCUGGCCCGAAGCUACGGCAUCCCCUACAUCGAGACCUCUGCCAAGACGCGGCAGGGAGUAGAGGAUGCCUUCUACACCCUAGUUCGUGAGAUCAGGCAGCACAAGCUUCGCAAGCUCAACCCUCCGGAUGAUGGUGGGCAGGACUGCAUGAACUGCCGCUGUGUGGUCGGUUGACCAGCACAAGAAAGAGUUGUUCAGAGCUGUGUGCAGCUAAUGGACUUUUAAGAAAUGAAGAACUGCUAAAAUUAAAAAAUACCAACAACUUGCAAGAACAUCAUUAGAUGAGGCUAAACCAUUAGUUCUGGGGGAAGAGGAUCUUGCCUUUUUUGAGAUCUCCAUUUUUUAAUUUUUUUGCCAGGUUGAUACUACCACUGACUUCUUUCUCUAAGUGAACACUGGUUGAAAUGAAUGAAGUUAAUCUCCCACAGGUUCCACACCAGUCCCUAUCCUGACUGUGUCACCCCUCACACCACGCUUUGUCUAGUCUACUCUACCUGCCCCCCAUUAGCAAGCACCAGUCAGCUGGCUCCUCACCCUGACAUUUCCAUCAAAGGCUCUACCCUACACUGUACAUUGGACAAUCCCAUUAAAAAAUAGGGGUAUACACCUAAAACUUUAUUCAAAUUGGUAACAAUUGGUUAUAUUUAUCCUUGCAUAGUAUAUUAACAUUUUAUUAAUUUUCAAAUGUCCAUAAUACUCAAUUUUCCAUUUUUCCCUUUGUUUUUGUGGAAAACAGUUACAUAGUCCAGCUUCUGUGAGGAAGGAAAUCUGGAAUGUGACAUGGUAGUGAUUUUUAUGAACUGAUGGAUCCCUGUUCAUGACAUGGCCUCUGGAACAUAAAAGAACGGCUGUUGCGCUGUAACUUCAGGGAAAAAAGAGAAUGCAUACUGCCUAAUGUGUAGGCAAUGCAAUGAGAACAAACUUCUAUACUUUCUAUUUAUUUGCACAGUGUAAAUUGUUAUGUAAAUGCUACAGACCUAGUUCUUAUUGUGUACGAGUGUUGUUUCACACUGGGGCAAAUCCUAUCUGUUUGGAUGACAGGUACUAAUAGGUAAUGUCCUUCAGUUUACAGUUUGCCGAUAUUUGUGGAGUGAUGAAUUUAUUGUUAAAUAUGACUCUAGAACUAAUGUUUUCCUGGGUUUGUUCCUCUUGCAUGUUCUCACUGGCUGGAAUAACAUGGAUACAGAAGAAACAACUGUACAACGUUUUGCUUAAACCGUUCCUCCUCUCCUAUGACUUAGUUGAGCAUAUGGUGUGCAGUGUAGUUGGACAGCUGAUACUGCAGAAUUUGGAGGGGACACUGAUACUGGCCAUCACUGUGUUUUAUUGUGGCUCAGGAAAUUGCGUUCUCACUAUAUGUUCAGUUUGUUUAAACCUAGACGAAAUUACCAAUUCAAUUUAGCAGUCUGAUGGGUACCCCAUACAAUCAAAUCAACUAUCAGGAUAAUGUAUCUAUAUCACUUUCAGCAAGGUGAAAUAUUAAAAAAUCUCAAGCAAAUUGUAAAUAAAAAUCAAUUUAAACUGAAAAUAUUAUAUGUGAUAUGGUUUGCUAGUUUUCCAUUUUAGUAAUUCUGUCAUAAAAAAUAUGUGCAGCUUUCAACUGCUUAUCCUGAACAAGGUCAUGUGAGGUGUUGAAAUGUGUUGCUUAAAUCACACUCUUUCUACUGCUGUGGUCUUGCUGUGGACUGAAUGGGUGCAGUCUCAUUCUGCUAAAACUGCCUUACUUGUAAGCUACCUUUGCCUUGUAAAUGCAGAGUUGAACACCCAGACAGUUUUCUUAUAAGCAGAUUGCUUUUUACAUAUUUGGUUUGAUCUGUGGGUUACAGAUAACCAUUAUUAAAAUAACCAUUGUUAUUUAACAAAUAAUUCAUAGUGUACUCUAGAGUGUUGACUACUGAAGUCAAGUUAGACCUGGUGGUCUUUCCUAAGCAAAUUUGGCUUUAUUCCAAAUAGAAACUUCCAUAUGCUCAGUGAUUUGCAGUGCAAAGUUGCAUGUAAUCUAAGUGUCUAAUCUAAGCAUUUUCCUUAGUUCCAGUUUGCUUUCUGGAAAGAGCUUCUCAAAUCAAACAAUUUUCCCGUCAUAAAUUUAUCUCCUAGCUCUUAUUUCUCCAGAUGUUGUAUUCAGCAUUAUUUAAUUAGACUUUUUGCUCAGAUUUUUAAAAUAAUGCUUCCUUUUUUGGAAUAUCCUGCUGCUAGAACAUAUGGGGGGUUAACCUCUCAGACAGGAAAGUUAAUCAUUACAUGGUGUUCUUACACCUCCUGAGGCUUUCUAUUCUGCUACAUCCAUAUAGCUGCUAGAUUUUAAAAGUGCAUAAAUGAAAUAAUGGAUAAUCUGUGCAUGGAUCCUUCUAUCUAGCUCUCCACUCUGUUUACCUCAAUAUCCAACACCGGACCUCAUUGUCUUUUAAAUGUUGCUAACCAGAGAUAUAAUGCUUUUCUUUGAACUGCUCUGGAGAAGCUGAUCUCAGAAAUGCACGUGAAACUGCUCUGGACCAGGGUUUCCUAAUCCUGGUUUGUCGAGAACCCAAUGUCUAUGCUGCCUUUUUGUUCUAAACUUUGUUAAUGAAGACAUUGAUCUAAAAAAAAGUUAGACUUUUACCUUUAUGUUUUCUAGCACAAAGCAUACAUUUUGGGAUCAUCUUAAUAUCAGCACAUUUUUUCCCCCAAAGAAGUAAUUUAUUGGUUAGAUUUACCAUGUAUGGCACACAUUUACAUGACUCCUUGAUUUUACAUUUUUAUCCUUGCAAAUGGAUCUAAAUUUUUCUGUGAGAUAACAGGAGAACAUGGCUAGAACAAAAAUCUAGUGGGUCUCCCAGGUCAGGAUUAGAAGACCUUGUUCUAGCACUGAGACUGAAAACAAGUGGCAUAAUGGGAUAUAUACUAUGUUCUACAAUUUCUCAUUUCAAUCUCAUCUCAUUUUGUUGUGUUUGUGUGUUUAAUUGGUUAGUGAUCAAUUUUUAUUUUGUGUGGAUUCUGAGCCAGUAGAGAACUGACUGUACUAAUGUAUAUUUCUAGAACUUGUCUUUAUAUUACAGAGAAAUGUUCCAUGUAAAAACUGCUACUGCAAUAUUCAAUUUGCAUUUACUAAAUGUAGAACAACAAAACAAUAUAAUAUGGAAAAUAAUUGAUUUCUGGGAGAAUACAUUGCCUUAAGAAAUC